AUGCCUAUGGAGACAUUUUUCGGUGCAGUCACAACGAAAGCUCAAACAAAAGCAUCAGUUUGUCCAAUAAGUUCGACACAUUCUGACACUUCUAUUGAAGAAACAUCAUCGUUAGAUGAUCAACCUCUUCAAGAGGAAGGUCAUGAAUUUGAUGUUCUAGCUAUUGCUGAAGCUCAAAAGGAUUUAACUAAAUGUUCUUAUAUACUGAAUGAUGGAAUUUUAUACACAUUAUUUAAUCGUGAUGCGUUUACGCAAAAACUGAUUUAUGUACCUUCUAUAAUAUUACAACAAUUAUUAAAGGCUUAUCACGAUGCACCAGGGGCUGGUCAUUUUGGUUUUCGUAGAACUUAUUUUAACUUAAAAGUUCCCGACCAGGAACCAGUUCCAAAUAAUUCCGUACUAACGGAAUUCCCGGAAUUCCUUCCCCGCGGAAUUCCCCGGAAUAACUAG